AUGAUGUUUGGAUUGUCUCUCAUGCAAUUGUGCCUGUGUUUCCUAUUGGGAUCAACCUUGCUCACGUGUGCUCAAACGGAUGAUGAGGAUGGCCCAGACAGCACAUGUGGUAUUGGACUCGACCCCGGACGCGCAACACUCGCCCAAAAGGAAAGGCAUAGUGACACCGUGGAAGAGAUUGGCAAUCUUCUGAAGAAGAGGAGUCACGUAGAAAUCAUGAGGCGGAUGUUGCUAAAAACAAGUACUGCAAGCCACAUGGCUGAAAUGGAUCAUGGAGCAGCACGUGUCGAUUUGCACUUCAAAACGGCCCUCAAGUUGGCGUUUGGCCUAAUGCACGAUGAAACGGAGAUCAAAGAGGCACUCCAAAUCUACCAAUUUCUUUGCGACAAGAAAAUCACACCAUCAGGCGAUCCAAACAAUGUCGUCUUCGAGUAUACAAGCGGACGCGGCCGACGUCAAUUUUCAUUGGUCGAUUUGGAGGCCAAAUUCGAGAAAUACAGAAGCGCCCAGAGCCCAACCGCCAUUUGGGAUGAACUGUUAAAGCAAUUCUGGCAAUUCCGAGGAAUCUACGACCUGAUCAGGUGGGACAGCUCCUACGAUUGGAUGGAGAUUUCGCCUCAUCGUUAUCGUGAGGAGGUCAGCAUGUACGGUCGCCCCUCCAAAGUGACUCUCAGCCUGGUGAACGCCGGUCUUUCAGAGCCAUUAAUUGACCACUUUGCUAGCGAAACCGGAAUUUGGCCUACACAUGCAGUUCAAAUUGGCGACGGUACCGGCGAAUUCGAGCUUCUAGACGAACAGGAACAGGAGGAUGAGGUCUUCAGCGGCGACGUGAAUCGCCUGAACCCAGCAAAGAUUAAUGAUGGAGAUCACGAAGAGAUUGGAGAUCCGGAGCUCGAUCAAAGUUUUGAGAAAGCUGUCUCGAACCACUCUGUCAAUACGGCAAUUCUCAACGAUGCGGCCAAGGCUACUUUGCGAGACGAGUCCCUGGAUGUGACGCAAUCAUCUGUAGCUGAGAACGAGCUGAAUGCUUGUAAAACGAAGCCGAGAGCUGGUCAAGAUGUGGAUACGAUUACUGCUUCUAAGGAAGAAAUCGAUGAUUUAACAAAAUUAAUGGCCGAAGCAUCUUUUGGAACUCCAAGCAUGACUUCAAAUGAGGGCACGGAGCACAUGCACCUU